GCUUUAGUUGAAGUGGGUCAAGUUCUUUGAAAGCCAUCAAGUACAAAUAAGACCAAGAGCCGCUUGCAAGAUCCAGAAUCUCAAACAAGCAUUCACAAUCCAAUCACUUUUUUUCCCACAUAAACACACCUUCUACCACUCUCCCCAAUAACUCAACACCACUUCAAACCGUCAAAAUGGUCGUCAACACUCCCGCUACCUGCUGCCGCUCUGGCGACAACGUCGAGUGCGCCUGUGCUCAAAAGGCCACAUGCUCAUGCGGUCAAAAGUCCGCUCUCCAAUGCACAUGCUCCAAAGCCGCCUCCGAAAACACCGUCAACGGUCCUCGAUGCUCAUGCCGCGCUCGUCCCGCCGGUGAAUGCACAUGCGACCGCGCCGCUACCGAGAACGUUACACCAACUGGUUCAACUUGCGCUUGCGGAUCUCGUCCUGCUGGUGGCUGCACUUGCGAGAAGGCUGCUGAUGGUGGCUUUAACCCUGCCAACGAGAUCGACUUUACUACCAAGAAAUAAAUUUGCUACAACGGCGACGAUGAAUACGGCUUAAUGGGGUAGAAAAGAAAAUACUGCAUUUGAAUGGCGUUGGGGAACGGUUACGGUACUGGUUCGGUGGCGAGGCGAUAGAUACCUGAGAUACGGAUACAGAGAUGAACAAUAUUCAUGAUAUUCAACCUACGAAGAGAGACGUGUAAUUGUGUGAUACAAACGGAACUUCUGAGGGUCUGUACUACAAUAUGUUCGCGAGCCAGACGAAACGGGAUGUAUUGGCCGCUAAGCAAACGCGUCGAGAGGAUGCUCAAUUGUUCAUUCUGAGAACGCGCAGUCCAAACCAAGGUUCUUUGUCAGAUGUCAAUUGUGCCAUUUCCAACAUCAGACGACAAUAAGGUU